ACACUAGCAUUGUCAUAAAACAAAGUUUUCUAGAAAUAGAACAUGACAUGAGUGAUACUGAUAAUGCUACAUUUGUUUGGGAGGCUAUGGUUGAAGUAGAAAAUGUGUGGUUCUCCAGAAAGAGCUGAACAGUAAGUAAGAAGAGGAAGAAAAUCUCCUCCAAAAGAAAAGAAAAGAAAUUUUUUUUGUUAAUUUAUUAAUGGCAUUGGUAGCAGGUGUUGGAAUUGGGAGUUACAACCCAAUUUCCUAUAACCCUAAUCGAGUGGGAGCAUUAGCAAAAGCAAGAAAAAGCAAACACGCCCCAGUCUGCUUCCAGUUGAGUCGGGGAAGAACUCUUCUUCCUAAUCCUAGGGCUAUAAAAGCAAGAGCAGGAGCAAGUCCACGGCAGCUAAAAGUGAUAAUGGCAACCGAAACCGAGAAAUUGGGGAUUAAGAUCGUCAAAAAUCCUCCUGAAUCCAAACUCUCCGAGCUCGGCGUUCGCUCCUGGCCCAAGUGGGGAUGCCCUCCAAGCAACUUUCCAUGGACGUACUCUGCAAAAGAAACGUGCUAUCUUUUGAAGGGAAAGGUGAAAGUGUAUCCCGAUGGAUCCAAGGAGGCGGUCGAGAUUGGUGCCGGUGAUUUGGUCGUCUUCCCCAAAGGCAUGAGCUGCACCUGGGAUGUCUCUGAAGCUGUUGACAAGCAUUACCUCUUUGAAUGACUGCCUAAUUGUUUUCUGGUGAAUGCUGUUGAACUACUCCGUGUAUAUUUCUUCAUCAAUAAGACAGCUUGAUUUGAUGUUAAGCUGCUUUUGCUUACAUUUGCGAGUUAUUACCACAAUCCAUUCAUGAGCAAUCCCACCAGUGUUGGUUUUGUUUCA